CUCAGUCUCCCACCAAAAACAUAUUGAAAACAUGAUGGCCUCCCAAUCCCCUCGAUUCAUGGGAUGGCCAUGUGUUUUGACACUUGUUGUUGCUUCCAUCAUGUUGUUUUCUCCUAUCAAUGUUCAUGCAAGGCAAAAGGUUCAGAACAUGAACGUGAUUGAUAUUUGCUGGAGAGGCGAUCCAAAUUGGUGGAGCAAUCGACAAGUGAUCGCCAAAUGUUCGGUGGGAUUCACGGGAAAGAUGACCGACAAUAUUGGCCCGGGUGUUGUCCAAUAUCUUGUUACGGAUAAAAGCGACGAUCCCUUGAAUCCGAAACCUGGAACCCUAAGAUAUGGAGCCACAAUGAUCAAGGAAAAAGUUUGGAUCACGUUUGCUAAAAGCAUGCGUAUCACGUUAACCAAACCCCUCCUUGUAAGUAGUUACACCGUAAUUGAUGGUCGUGGUGCUAUCGUUCACAUUGAAGAUGGGGCAUGCAUAACUGUGCAGAGGGCUAGAAACGUGAUAAUCCAUGGCCUAAGAAUCCACCAUUGCAAGGCUCAAAGUCCAGGAAAUGUGAUGGGUCCUGAAGGAAAGUUAGUUACUUUAGGUCACACAGAUGGGGAUGCAAUUAGACUGGUAUCAUCAUAUAAGGUAUGGAUUGACCAUAACACCCUUUAUAGUGGUCAGGAUGGUUUGAUCGACGUGACUCGUGGCUCAACCAACAUCACAAUAUCAAACAAUUGGUUUAAGAACCACAAUAAGGUGAUGCUUCUUGGCCAUGAUGAUGGGUUUGUUAGGGACAAGAACAUGAAGGUCACUGUGGCUUUCAACCAUUUCGGCCCAGAUUGCCAUCAGCGCAUGCCCAGGGUACGCCACGGUUUCGCCCAUGUCGUGAACAAUCUCUACAAGGGGUGGGGGCUCUACGCAAUUGGAGGAAGCAUGAACCCUAGCGUGACCAGCGAGGCAAAUCUUUUCAUCGCAGAAAAAGCAGGGAAGAAGGAGGUUACUUGGAAGAAGGGUUACAAUGGAGGGGAUGAAUGGAACAUUCACUCUAUUAAGGAUGUCCUUGAAAAUGGUGCUAGUUUUUCUGAAGUUGGCGAUGAAAAGGAUUUGAUUAGGCCAGUCUAUGACCUUGAUCAACAAUUUAAGGUGGUUGAUGCCAGGUCUCUUCCAGCCUUGACUGGGUCAUCAGGUGCUUUCAAGUGUACCAAAAAAUCCAGAUGUUGAGCUUAAUGAUUGCACUUUAAAUUUCAAUGAGAGGGAGAUCGAAUGAAUGUUAAAUUAAUUACAAAUCU